GAGAAUCUUAGUCAACAAUCAACAACACGCUUCUUUCUUUGGAACCACCACGGUGCAGCCACUUUCGCGUUUCCAAAAAUACGUCUCGGGCGCGACGUUUGCGAUAUCAUUUCCGGUGGAUUUUUCUUGUGGCUCCUAAGCAAUAACCCAGGCUGUGAGUCUGUUUAUGAUAUUCUGAUGAAAUGUGUUGACAGGAGGUAUGGUCUUUGAAAGAGACUACCUGUCUAGCUGCCAUUAUUGCCGUGAAACGUUGUCAACCUUUACCUGCAAACGCUAAAUUAUGGCCCCUGCUGCAAAGUCUGGUGGAAAGUCAAAGGCAGGCGGAGGUGGAGCUCCAGGAGGGCCCAAUCAGCCGAAGAAUGUACAGACAAGGAGUCAGAAAGCUGGGUUGCAGUUCCCAGUAGGUCGGAUUCACCGUUACCUAAAACAACGUACACAGCACAAUGUCCGUAUCGGUGCCAAGGCUGCGGUUUACACUUCUGCCAUCUUGGAGUACCUCACUGCUGAAGUUCUAGAACUCGCAGGUAAUGCAUCAAAAGAUUUGCGCGUGAAGCGAAUUACACCUCGUCAUUUACAGCUUGCUAUUCGUGGUGAUGAGGAGUUGGAUACGCUUGUGAGGGCUACUAUUGCUGGAGGAGGAGUUCUGCCGUUCAUUCACAAGAGCCUCACUUCAAAUCCAAAGGCUAUUAAGAAGGGUACGGAGCCGCCACCUGCUGCCUAGGACUGGACUUCAAUUUUUAGCUAUUCGAUUCGUAUCGUAUGCGUGUUGUGUUGCCGUAGCCCUAGUAUUUAGUAUGUAGUUUGUGUACUCAUUUAUAUAUGCUUUUAUGUAUGUAGCAUUAACACAAUCUGGUUUGCGAUAUGGUAUGGUUUACCUGAGCCUCGGAGCCUUGACGAGGACUAAUUUAGC